ACAACAGAAGACAAGUUCCGUUCGUUCACGCGAUACAGAAAGUAGUUGAGAGCGCGCAAACAAUAUGCCCGCGGCAAAAGUUCAAUUCAGCUAACAAUAGCGUUACGUUAAUAUAAGUUUGCGUGCUGUUAACUCGAAUUUACGAGUAUAAGCGGCUGUGGGAGAGGAAACAUGGACAUAUAUAGAGACGAGACGGAGUUUACAGACAUCCACAUGGUUCAAAAUGUUGCGGAUUUGUUUGAGAGUCGUCCUGGUUUUCAAAAGAUAGUAAGACUCGGCCUUAUUGCAAAUAUGGAUUACAAUGGCGAGCUAGACAUUACAGGUAAGGAUGAUUAUGGAGCUGAUGGUUGGGCACAUGGUCGUAACAAUUUCCAUGGAUACUCAAGGCUCUCUGACAGGAGUAGUGAUAGAGGAUUAGGUGGGAGCCGUUCAAGGCAGUCCGCCUCUGUUUAUCAGCUUCCGCUGCAUUACUACGCUUCAUCCCGUGAGGUUCCUCUCCCGCCCUCUGUAAAAGCUCCAGCAAAGGAGAGUGACUCUGAGAGAAGAGCCAGGUUAUUAGAAGAAGUGAAAAAAAGCAAAGAAAAGGCUGAGAAGAAGCGCCUUAAGAAACAGAAACGGAAGGAAAGAAAACGUCUUGAGAAGUUGGAGAAGGAAAAACAGAACCCCAACAGAAAUGACGAGGAGGAAAAAGAUGAUGCACAGCAGUCCAAAGCAGAGGAGAGCAAACCAGUUAAUGAAUCCAAAACCAAUAGCAGUCCCAGUGUUAAACAGUCGCCUUCAGCAAAAGAUUCAGACAGCAGUGACAGUAGUGAAGACGAAUCCAGUGAUGAAGAUAGUGACACCAAGAAUGACUCGGGUGACUCUGAGGAACUCGACAUGACGAGUACUUUUGUGAGUAAAGCUGCUCUUAUAGCCAGACGUAAAUUGGAGCAGAAGCCCAGGCCUGAGAGGAAGGAGAAAAAGAAGAGCCCGAUCAAAGAAGAACCUAAAACCGUCUCUGACAAACCUAAUGAAGACACAGAGGCUGAAAAGAAGUCUGAACAGGACUCUGCGGCCCCGAGCAGCCACGCUGUUGAAGAUAAUAUAAAAAUAAGUACCGAUCUUGCAGUUAUUGGAAAUAAGUUUGCAAGUGCUGGAGACUUUAAUAUGGCUGUGAAGUAUUUCACGGAUGCAAUUAAGUACAACCCUACAGAGUUUAAGUUGUUUGGCAAUCGUUCCUUCUGUUUUGAAAAGAUGCAAGAAUAUGAGAAGGCGCUGACAGAUGCGGAGUUGUCUCUCAGCAUGUGUCCAGGCUGGGUUAAAGGCCUGUUUAGGAGGGGCAGAGCUUUGGCAGGUCUAAAGAGGUAUGUAGAGGCUGCCCAGGCCUUCAAGGAGGUUCUCAAACUGGACAGUUCAUGUGCUGAAGCCGCCCAGGAACUGAUGAGGGUGCAGAUAACACAACUUAUGGAGUAUGGUUUCACUCGGGAGCAGAGCUCAAAUGCUUUAAUUAUUCACGGGACAGUAGAAAAGGCAAUAGAAGUGCUGUCCAAAUUAAACCAUCGAUCAGGAGCUAUUCAAAAUGGCCCUCUCCAACCAGCUCAAGUCGCAAAUGUCACCGGAGUCUCUCCAGUCCUGUCAGCCAACACAGUCCCUCCUCAUCCUCAUCUUCCUCAUCCUCAUCAGCCCAUGGAUGCACCAAAAACAGUGUUUAAGAACAAACCUUUAGGCCCAGUCCAGAAUAUGUCGAAUGUCCAGAGUAAACCAAAGCCCACUCUUGAUCAGGCCACCAAGACCAACAAUGAAGGCAGUAACCCACCACAGGAGCUGUUUCCAGUUUGGGUGGGAAACUUGUUCCACCCAGUAACUGAGUCCAUGAUAACCAACGUGUUUAACAAGGUUGGGUUUGUCUAUAGUGUGAAGCUUCUGAUUUACAGACGGUGUGCCUUCGUGAACUUUACAAAACAAGAGCAUUGUGAUGAAGCAAUCAGACGCUUUCAUGGCUAUGAGCUGAACGGCAUGAAGAUCGCUGUGAGGUAUCCAGACAGGAUUCCUUCAGGCAUGGGCAUUUCCAGAGCUGCUCUCAAAGCUGACGACCUGCAAGAUGAGAAUAUGAGGCACAAUGAGUACGCUGGAAGCCGAAGACCUUUUCGCCCUUACAGACACGUCCCAGACUUCGGAGGCAACGACAAGUACUGAAAGGAAACAAGACCCCUCUGAACAGGUUCCCCUAAAUAAAAGCAGAAUCAUUCACACUGUCCAGUACUAAUUAAUCCCAAAUAUCGACAGGGUUUUAUCAGUAUUUCUAGUGGACCACAGAAACAAUGCUGAAUUGGUAGAAUUUAAGUAUUAGCCACUGAAAAAUUACUUCCACUGUUUAAAACUGAUUAUUUUUUAUAUUUUUUUGAACAAAGGUAAAAACUUCAGAGGUUUAUGCGAGUUGAUGAUUCCAGAUAUUAACUAAGAAUGUUUAUGUCAAGAUUGUUAAAGCCUGACAGAUGUACUGGAGGUUGAUAUUGGUAUUAUAAGUUAUAUUUUAAAUGUCAGUAUACAAAGAAAUUUGUUAAAAUUUACAUAUUUCUCUUACAAUUUAGUUUUUAAACUGAGAACAUAUUCUAUCCAGCAGACUUUAAGUUUACAUAAGUCUGCAGUAUAUUACAGCUGAGCAAAAUGAAAACAAGGUGUUCAAAAUAUGGUACAUUAAUGAGUGCCAAAGUAAUCAUGUUUAAUUAAUGCCUGAGAUGUUUUUAUUCCUGAAUUGUGGUAUUAGCAUUAGGCUCUGAAAAUAAUCAAAGUUUACUCAGUCCUUUAAUUUCUUAUUAGUGAUGUUAACCUUAUUUAUAUAUUAUGGACUUCAUAAGGAAUUACAAGAGCCUCACCUAAACCAUCUAUAUUCAGAUUAUUAUUCACUAUAAAUUGCACCUUUAUGUCUUGCUUUAAACAAACCUUGCAAUCCUCUUUAAUGGAGCAGGGGUUAUUUUUGUUGCACAUUUAAUUACUGUUUAUUGUUUGUGGUCACUGGUGGUUGAUUAUGGGCGCUUAUGUCUUAUUUUAUGUCAUUCAGAUGCCUUCAUUAACUGCGGCGUUUGUUUUCUUAAUUCAGUUAUUAAAGAUUGUUUCUUAUUCUGA